AUGAGCCUAGUUACACAGACGCACAGUCUCUUCAAUAAUUUUCUGAAUCGCACACUCAGCUGCUUCGACAAUUAUAGCAUAGCAGCGUUGAUCAGUAUCGCGUUUACUCUGGCGCAGCUCUUCCACUUGAAGUGUGGCUACGACUUUGGGUACCUCAUCAAGGCCAUCACGGGGAAGGCUCUCCCUGGAAGCCUCAAGGAUUUUCUGAACCUGCUGAGGGUAUUCUUUGGGGACCGUGUUUAUGAUGUUAAGCACCUGAUGAAGUUCUGUCAGGGGCUGCAUGGGGGAUUGGACCGGGUGGCGAGGUCUCUUACUGUGCAGCGUGCUGCUGGGAAGUGCCACCAGGCGGGGUCUGAUAGCCUGCUGACCUGGCACGCGUUUGAGAAAAUUAGGGAUGUGUACUUCAGCAAUGGUGAGAGGAAGGCUUUACUCGACCAGUAUGCUGGCGUUCUGUAUGGGUUAGAGAUUCAUGACCCGUGA